AUGAAAGAAGAUCUUAGUCCUGCAUUGCCAAAAAUUAUCAAUGAUAUGAUAGAAAGUAUACAAAGUAGUGAAGGAAUAGUUGCGCACUAUGACGAUGAAGAUAAAGAUGAAAUAGAUGUAUAUGCAGAAUUAUCCGAGGAGGACGAUGAUAUUGAAGAAGAUAUUGAUGGCUCAUCAACUGGUAGUGCUGAUUCAGCACAGUGCAGAUAUUCUGUUGAAAAUUCUUAUAAUGAAGAGAAGGAACAGGCCUGCUUAUCUUUAAAAGAUAUAUGUGUAAAUACAGGGUAA